UCUGCUGCGGGCGGCGGCGGAAGCAGCUUCGGGUCCUGGCCAUGCGGAUAUGGCGGAGGCGGUGCAGCAGGAGCUGUCGGCGCUGGCCGCGAUUUUCUGCGGGCCUCAUGAGUGGGAGAUGUUGAGCUGUUCAGAGACAGAUGGGGCUGUGUUUAGAAUUCACACAACAGCUGAAGGACUUGUGGGUGAGGAUUUGCCCUUAGAGCUGGUGUUCCAUCUACCAGCCGGUUACCCUUUGUGUCUGCCCGGCGUCUCGGUUAGCUCCGAACAUCUGACCAGGGCCCAGUGUGCUACCGUGAAGGAGAAGUUACUUGAAGAAGCCGGGAAGCUUUUGUCAGAACCUAUGAUUCACGAGCUGGUUCUUUGGGUUCAACAGAAUCUGAGAAGCGUCCUCAGCCAACCAGAGACUGCCAGCAGCAGUGAGAAGCAUGCUCGGCCAGAAAGCACGGCUGUGAAUGACGGAUUGUGGAUAAUUCUUUUGCAUGUAGAUCACAUGAGAGCAAGGACUAAAUAUGUCAAAACCGUGGAGAAGUGGGCUGCAGAGUUGAGGCUGACAGGCAGACUGAUGUUCAUGGGGAAAACAAUACUGAUCCUACUGCAAGGACACAGAAGCAGCAUCAAGGAGUACCUGAUCCUUCAGAAAACCUCCAAAGUCGAUGUGGACUCAAGUGGAAAGAAAUGCAAAGAGAAAAUGAUUAGUGUACUGUCUGAAACAAAAGUACAACCGGAACACAAAAGGUUUCUGGCGUUUGAAGUCAAAGAGUAUUCAGCGCUGGAGGAGUUACAAAAGGAAUUUCAGACUGCAGGACUUCUGCAGCUCUUCUCGGAGUGUGUGCUCGGGCUGGUAAAAUGAAGUGACUGGCAGGAGCCGGCGGUAAAGCAGCUGCUUUAUUGUUGGUUUCCGCCACCUUUGGGGAGGGGCUCAUUGACGUUUUCAUAAGAGGGCACUCUCACGUUUCUCUGUAGCGAAAUCAUCCUCAUUUCAGGAAGAAGGCGAGUUCUAGUUUAUGGAGUAUUAGGCAUGAAAAGACCCCACAUAUUCUGAUGUGUGCUAGAAAAGACUGGGUUCAAUAGAUGGGAUUAUCUGGAGGAGAAAUAAAAACUCACGAUGGUAAAUGAGCUGUUGUUUUUUAUGUAGACAAUUUGUUUAGGAGUCUGCAAUUUUCAGGCUAAUUUUCUUGUAAUUAAAUGAUUUCUUAAAGUGA